UACACAUACACACGCGCAGAAUACAGCAACACACCGGGAGCAUCACUGAGCGGAGGGAGCGUUCGUUUUUUGGGGGGGGUUUUGACAGACCUGGAUGAACCGCUGUAUUUAGCUUUUGUCACGUUUGAUUACAGACCGACUUUGACGUCGCAGAAUGACCCCGGGUCCCUCCGAGCCUUGUGGAGUCUGAGGCCCCGCACAGAAAUCCACCUCGCACCGGCAGAAGGACCCUCGCCUCCAGCAGCACUCAGCCCGAGACAAAAUGUCAAGCAGCCCGGAGGAGGAAAGUCAUUCCAGGGGCGGCGGCUCCGACCGUGACGUGAAGAUGGCUUCUUCGAGCAACACGUCUCUGGACAGUGUGCCAGCACCACAGCCACUGUCGCACCAGAACCGUAUACGGCAGUCUGACAGUAGCACCAGUUUCCUUCGAGCUGCCAGGGCAGGAAACAUUGACAAAGUCCUUGAAUUCCUAAAAAAUGGAGUGGACAUCAGCACUUGCAACCAGAAUGGUCUGAAUGCUUUACAUCUGGCAGCUAAAGAGGGACACCAAGAUUUAGUGGAGGAACUGUUAGAUCGAGGAGCAGAUGUUGACUCAUCCACCAAGAAAGGGAACAGUGCCCUGCAUAUCGCCUCACUGGCAGGACAAAAGGAUGUUGUCAGGCUACUGGUAAAGAGAGGAGCAGAUAUCAAUUCUCAGUCACAGAGUGGCUUCACUCCACUCUACAUGGCAGCCCAGGAGAAUCACUUGGAGGUGGUGAGAUACCUGUUGGAAAAUGAAGGGAACCAAAGCAUUGCAACAGAGGAUGGCUUCACUCCACUGGCCAUUGCUCUCCAGCAGGGUCACAACUCGGUGGUCUCCCUGCUGCUGGAGCACGACACUAAGGGCAAAGUUCGCCUACCUGCCCUGCACAUCGCAGCCCGCAAAGAUGACACAAAGUCUGCCGCUCUGCUGCUUCAGAAUGACCACAACGCUGAUGUCCAGUCUAAGAUGAUGGUCAAUAGAACGACAGAGAGUGGAUUCACCCCUCUGCACAUUGCGGCUCACUACGGUAACGUGAAUGUCUCCACGCUGUUACUGAACAGAGGAGCUGCUGUGGACUUCACAGCCAGGAAUGGGAUAACUCCUCUCCAUGUGGCCUCAAAGAGAGGCAACACCAACAUGGUGGCCCUGCUGCUGGACCGAGGGGCCCAAAUAGAUGCAAAAACUAGGGAUGGGCUGACUCCCAUUCACUGUGCAGCCAGGAGUGGACAUGACCCUGCAGUGGAGCUGUUGCUGGAGAAAGGAGCCCCAAUCUUAGCCAGGACCAAGAACGGACUGUCUCCGCUGCACAUGUCGGCCCAGGGAGACCACGUAGAGUGUGUGAAACUCCUGCUGCAGCACAAGGCACCUGUUGAUGAUGUGACGCUGGACUACCUCACAGCGCUGCAUGUCGCAGCUCACUGUGGGCACUACAGAGUCACCAAGCUUUUGCUAGACAAGAAGGCUAAUCCCAAUGCUAGAGCACUGAAUGGUUUCACUCCCCUCCACAUUGCUUGUAAGAAGAACAGGGUGAAGGUGAUGGAACUGUUGGUCAAAUAUGGCGCCUCCAUCCAGGCCAUUACUGAGUCUGGUCUGACUCCCAUCCAUGUAGCUGCCUUCAUGGGGCACCUCAACAUUGUGCUCCUCCUGCUGCAGAAUGGAGCCUCUCCUGAUGUCCGCAAUAUUCGUGGGGAGACAGCUCUCCACAUGGCAGCACGAGCAGGUCAAAUGGAAGUGGUUCGUUGUUUGCUGAGAAAUGGAGCGUUGGUAGAUGCCAUGGCCAGGGAGGACCAGACUCCCCUCCACAUUUCAUCCCGUUUGGGUAAAACAGACAUCGUCCAGCUGCUGCUUCAGCACAUGGCCCAUCCCGAUGCUGCCACCACCAAUGGGUACACACCCCUACACAUUUCAGCCAGGGAGGGCCAGGUAGAGACUGCUGCUGUGCUUCUGGAGGCUGGAGCCUCACAUUCAAUGGCCACCAAGAAAGGAUUCACUCCAUUACAUGUAGCUGCAAAAUAUGGAAGCCUUGACGUAGCAAAACUUCUCCUUCAGCGCAAAGCUCUUCCUGAUGAUGCUGGCAAGAAUGGUCUAACUCCACUACAUGUUGCAGCUCAUUAUGACAACCGAGAGGUAGCCCUACUUCUACUUGAUAAAGGGGCGUCACCUCAUUCUACUGCAAAGAAUGGCUACACUCCUCUCCACAUUGCAGCCAAAAAGAACCAGAAAAACAUCGCAUUAGCACUGCUACAGUAUGAAGCAGAGACCAACGUUCUUACCAAGCAGGGAGUCAGCCCGCUACACCUGGCAGCGCAGGAAGGACACGCUGAGAUGGCCAGUCUGCUGCUGGGCAAAGGAGCUCACGUCAACACUGCCACCAAGAACGGACUGACUCCUUUGCAUCUCACCGCCCAAGAGGACAGGGUCUGUGCUGCAGAAGUACUGGCCAAACAUGAUGCCAACUUGGAUCAGCAAACCAAGCUCGGGUAUACCCCUCUGAUCGUGGCUUGUCACUACGGAAAUGCCAAGAUGGUGAACUUCCUCUUACAGCAUGGUGCCAGCGUCAAUGCCAAAACCAAGAAUGGAUACACACCACUUCACCAGGCAGCACAACAAGGGAACACACACAUCAUCAAUGUUUUACUGCAGCACGGGGCCAAGCCAAAUUCUACUACAGUGAAUGGAAACACUGCUCUGUCGAUUGCAAGACGCCUGGGUUACAUUUCUGUGGUAGACACACUGAAAGUUGUCACUGAGGAAGUUAUCACUACCACAACGACGGUCACAGAGAAACACAAGAUGAAUGUCCCUGAGACCAUGACUGAGAUCCUCGAUGUUUCUGAUGAUGAGGCUCUGAGGCUGGAGGACGAGCCUUUAUUUGAGAUGUCUGUGCAGUUGGAAGGUGAGGACACUAUGACAGGUGAUGGUGGGGAGUAUCUGAGAGCAGAGGAUCUCAGAGAGCUGGGUGAUGACUCGCUUCCAGGACACUACCUGGAUGGUUUCAGCUACAUGAGCCACAACCUGGACAGGCAGCAGCACACUCCCAUUCACAGUUUCCAUCAGAGGGAAGGCAUUCUUAUUGAAGACAUGCUUACAAGCCACCAGGUGUCAGCACUGGCUCGAGAGCACGAUAAGGAGUCGUACCGCCUGAGUUGGGGUGCUGAGCACCUUGAUAAUGUGGUGCUGUCCUCCAGUCUAUUACACUCUGGCCGUUCCUCUCCGUGCCUAGACCAUGACAACAGCAGCUUCCUGGUCAGCUUCAUGGUGGAUGCCAGGGGCGGGGCUAUGCGCGGUUGUCGUCACAAUGGCUUGCGAAUCAUUGUACCACCAAGGAAAUGCUCUGCACCUACACGGGUAACAUGCAGGCUUGUUAAAAGACACCGUCUGGCCUCUAUGCCUCCCAUGGUGGAGGGUGAAGGGCUCGCCGGUCGCAUCAUAGAAGUAGGACCCACGGGAGCUCAGUUCCUGGGUAAGCUCCACCUUCCCACGGCUCCACCUCCUCUGAAUGAGGGCGAGAGCCUGGUCAGUCGUAUUCUGCAGCUGGGUCCUCCAGGAACCAAGUUCCUCGGGCCUGUGAUUGUGGAGAUCCCGCAUUUUGCAGCUCUUCGGGGCACAGAGAGAGAACUGGUGAUCUUGAGGAGUGAGACAGGGGAGAGCUGGAGGGAACACCACUGUGACUUCACUGAAGAAGAGCUGAACCAGAUACUUAAUGGCAUGGAUGAAAAACUUGAUUCUCCUGAGGAGCUUGAGAAGAAAAGAAUAUGCCGCAUCAUCACCCGAGACUUCCCACAGUAUUUCGCUAUUGUGUCAAGGAUAAAGCAAGACAGUCAUUUGAUUGGACCAGAGGGUGGCGUUCUUAGUAGCACUCUUGUUCCCCAGGUUCAGGCUGUUUUCCCUGAAGGAGCCCUCACCAAGAAAAUCAGAGUUGGGCUUCAGGCUCAACCCAUUGAUGUGGAAUUGGUGAGAAAGGUUCUUGGUAACAAAGCCACAUUUAGCUCAAUCGUUACUUUGGAGCCAAGAAGACGAAAGUUCCACAAACCAAUCACCAUGACAAUCCCUAUUCCCAAGAACACCAACACUGAUGAGCCAAACUCUGUGUAUAGUGGGGAGACCCCAACGUUACGUUUGCUUUGCAGUAUAACUGGUGGAACCACACCUGCUCAAUGGGAGGACAUCACCGGCUCUACACCUCUCACCUUUGUUAACCAAUGUGUUUCCUUCACCACUAAUGUGUCGGCAAGGUUCUGGCUGAUUGACUGUAGGCAGAUCCAGGAGUCUGUUAGUUUUGCCUCACAGCUGUACAGAGAGAUCAUCUGCGUCCCAUAUAUGGCCAAGUUUGUCAUUUUUGCCAAAACACUGGACCCCAUUGAGGCCCGCCUGCGGUGUUUCUGCAUGACGGAUGACAAGAUGGACAAAACUUUGGAGCAGCAGGAGAACUUCACAGAAGUCGCCCGCAGCCGAGAUGUUGAGGUGCUGGAGGGAAAACCUAUAUUUGCUGACUGCUUUGGAAAUCUGGUGCCUCUCACAAAAACUGGACAACACCAUGUGUUCAGCUUUUUUGCCUUCAAAGAGAACCGACUGGCCCUCUUCAUCAAAAUCAGAGACACAGCACAGGAGCCAUGUGGUCGCUUGUCUUUCACAAAGGAACCACGAACAUACCGAAGUCUGCACCACAAUGCUAUCUGCAACCUCAACAUCACCCUCCCGACAUACUCAAAGGAGUCUGACUCAGACCAGGAUGCAGAUGAUGAGAGUGAGAAGAGUGACAAGAAAUAUGAUGAAUCUGAAUCAACCGAGACAUUCUCCCUGAGAACUAACCAACAACUUGACCCUGCAACCCUUGCAAGCCCAGACCUUCUCUCAGAUAUGUCAGACAUCAAAAUGACUGCCAUUGUGAUUGCAGAGCAAAUACAUGGAGAGGGAGCUGAGGCUACAGGGUUGGAAGAACAACAUUUUGUCUUAGUAGAUCCGUUCAAAGACAAGAUGGAAAUGUUUGGAGAGACCCAAAGUCAUGGAAGGCACUCUAUACAGGACCCACAAAGAGGUUACACUAAAAAGGAUCAAUGGGGCUCAUUUUGUGAGAAGGCUGACGGAAUUAAUUCUCUUGUCAAAGAACCGGUUUUCAAGGAGAUUUGUAUUGAGAGGAACCUUUCAAAUGAAACUGCCACACAGCCCAGAGACACGACUAACAUGGUCUCACACCUCAGGAUCGACAUGGAAGAUUACCUUGAACAGAGACCUGUACUGAUGCACGGUUCUCAAGACAAUUAUAUCCAAGAUACAUUUGAACAGGUGGUUGUAAAGCGUGAUGGCAAACGACGUCCCCCAGAUAUCAAGAAACCUAUUAGGAAGAAACUUAGAGAGAGAGAGCGUUCUGGUUGUAGCAGCUCUGAGGGAGAGCUGGAAAGGGUGAGCUCUGAGGAGUCUUUAGAUGGCGAUGUUGUUCUUAAAGACAGUGGCCUAGGUCCUGUCCCGGAUACUGAUCCUCCAGCUUCUCCUCUAGUGGUUGAAACAUCUAUAGGAUCUAUAAAAGACAGAGUGAAAGCUUUGCAGAACAAAGUUGAAGAAGAUGAGGUGCAAAAAAGUACUCAAGUUAAAGUGCAUGAAGUAAAAACAUCGAUUACCACAAAGAGAGAGGCAGACCCUCCAGAACUUCCCAAAGUUCCCAAGUCUCCUAAAUCUCCCAGAUCUCAGACAGAAAGACUGGAGGAGACUAUGUCUGUUAAGGAGCUCAUGAAGGCAUUCCAAACAGGGCAGGACCCUUCAAAAAACAAAUCUGGGCUAUUUGAACACAAAUCUGUUACUUCAUCUAAUGUAACAUUUCAACAUCCUUCACAGGAGCCCAUGUCACAAAUUCAUACUCAGAGAUUCACAGUUUCCCAUCAACAGCAUGAUGUUAUGAAAUGUGAAGAAACAGAAGAACCAGGAAAGACUGUAAUAUCGGUAGAUACGGUCCAUUGUCAGAAUGAAGGGGUUAGCCCACAGAGAGAGACACUAGAGUUGUCAGAAAAGGAGGCCACGUCUGUGAAGGAGCUGUUGAAAACAUUCCAGUCUGGGCAGGAUCCCUCAAAAACCAAAAUAGGGCUUUUUGAGCACAAAGCAAUGGAUUCUUGUAUUUCAACAAUGGUACACCAAUCAGAAGAUUCUGGAGAAAUACAGAUGAAUCAACAACAUCCUGUGGAACAGAUAAUAUCACAAAACCAGGACUUUACUAGUAAUGCCACCAUAUGUGAUAAGACAAACACAGAAGAUCAACCAACAAGUGCAAUUAGAGAUACAUCUGAUAAAUCACACUUGAAUUCAAAUGGUGCUCCUUUUGGAAAGACAGUAACAUUUGCUGAUACAGUUCAGUGUGAUGAUGGAGCAGUUAUCCCACAGAGAAAUACACUAGAGUUGUCAAGUAAAGAGACAAUGUCUGUGAAAGAGUUGAUGAAAACAUUCCAGGUUGUACAGGACCCUUUAAAAAGUAAAGGUGGGCUGUUGGAAAACACAACAGUUGCUUUGUCUCAUAUUUCAACAUUGACAUCUGAAGCAGUGUGCCCUGAGGAAAUGGAGAAAGCUGAAGACUGUCCUACAAAGUCACAAACCAAAGUACUGAGUUUUACUGUUUGUCAUCCAGUGAGUGCUGACCGCAUCUGUGAGGUAUUAGAUGAAGAGGUUGAAACCAUAAAGCUAAAGAGAAACAUAUCUGGGGAAUCUCAACAAUUUUCAGAUAUUACUUAUUCUGAUAACACAGCAAAAAGUGUUGAUGCUUUACAAUUGGGUGAUGGAAGGGUUAGUCCUCAGAGCAAGGAUCAAGAGUUCAUGGGGAAAAGCCUUGGCAUGAUGCAGUUAGAAGAGCCAGUCAUAAGAACUGGUAGGAGUUUAUCUGAAGACUUACAAAUCAGUCCUGAUCGCAGACCAUCUGAGGACUUUAGUGCUGACAUAAAGGCUGAGUUGGAAGAAAGUCCCGAGUACCAGCUUUUCAGGCAGACGGCAAGAACCGAAGAUGUUAGUAAUCAGUUUGAAGAACCUGAGGAUGAGACCUUGGGUCAUGACUCACAUAUAAAUCCAACAUCCAUAUUGGCUCCCUGCAUUAAAGGUUAUUUUGAAAAAGAAAGUGAUAAAGAUCAUGAUAUGUGUCCUGAGAGUCCCAAGCAUGAAGACAUUGCUGAAAUCUCAGACAAUGGUAUAAGUAUUAGAACCCAUCAUUCCAGCUCAGGGGAGAAUGAGAAUUAUGAAGGACCUGCAGUGACUCAUCAAAUGACUGAUGAAAUGCCUACUUACUCUGCCAGGAAAGAAGACAAUAACAUCAUACCUUCACAGGAAGAGGAACUCCAUCAUCUGUGGGUAGACAAUACAACAAUUCCCAAUGAAAGCAAAACACCCGUGACUCAAAUGGACACUGACAUAACUGAUGAGGAAAAAUUUGAAGAAGUCCACACUGAGAAGAAAACAUCUAGCAAGACAUCUCCUGUUGUAAAAGACAUGUCAGGGAUGUUGUCCUUAAUGAACAGUGAUUUGGAUCAGUACCUACAAAUCAGUCCAGUGGCAAGUCAGAAAUCAGUGGAGGAUGUUGUUCAGGAAAAUUUUGAACAAAUACUUUUACCAAAGGACAAAAAUAAUGAAAUCACUGAUGAAAAUAAAGGAGCAAUAGAGGGCGGAACAAUGCAAGAAAUGGGUCAUGUAACAAUGGAAAAACAAUCAAUUAGAAGAGGAGUUGAAGAGUUAAAGAGAGAAUCUGAAGAACCAAAAGCAUCCACACAAGCAAAUGCUUUGGCAGGGAUGUUUGUCAUCACAAACAAUGACUUCCCACAAGAUCAGUAUCUUGAGGCUGGGCCUGUGUCUGAUAAUUCAGUCAGAGGGGAUAAAUUGCAGAACAAUUUUGAAAAAAUACCCACGUUCACUGAAGAAAAUAAAGGAUUGACAGUGAAUAACACAGAACAACAGUCAGUCACAACGGAAGGCAAAGAAGUAAUAUGUGUCUUUAAUGAAACCCAAUCAAAGUUGACUGAAGAACCUCCAAUGCAGGAAGAGUGUGUCGAGGAAAAUACUUUGCAUCAACCAUUAACAGAAGUAAAGGACAUGUCAGGCAUGCUCAAGGACAGACCAGUGAAUAAUAUGCCUACAGAGGAGGAUGUUAUUCAGGAAACAUUUGAAAAAGUUACUCUAACUAACAUUCGAAAAUUAUCUAGUGAUGAGCAAAUAAUAGCCGUUACUAAUUUGGAGGAAAAAAUUAGAGAAGAGGCUAAAGAAGACCUGCAGACUAAUGUGUUUACAGACCACUAUCUCAAGGAAAAUGUGAUUACAAUACAAUGCCAGCCAGAAAAGGAUCUAGUGCAUGAGAGCUGUGCACAAGUUAAACUGACAAGUAAUCAUUUUGAGAAUAAAAUAGAGGGAGGGGCAAAUGAACACCUUCAGACUUAUGUGGUUGAUGUCAAAGAAGUCAAACCAAGUUCCUUAUCAGAGACAGCAUUCCAAGAAGUUUGCAUCCAAAGAAAUGCACACCAACAACAGCCUAAACCUGAGAAGAAUAUCACAGGCAUGUUGUCAUUGCUCAGUACUGACUUAGAUCAGUAUCUCAAUGAAAACCCAGUGACAGUGCAAUGCCAGCUGCAAGAGGAUUUCGUACAUGAGAGCUGUGAACAAGUUAUAAUAACAAGUAAGGAUUCUGAGGAUCAAAUAGAGGGAGAGGCAAAUGACCAUCUUCAGACUGAUGUGGUUGAUGUGAAAGAAGUUACAAGUUCCUUAUCAGAGACAGCAUCCCAAGAAGUUUACAUCCAAGGAAAUGCACACCAACAACAGCCUAAACCUGAGAAGAAUAUCACAGGCAUGUUGUCAUUGCUCAGUACUGACUUAGAUCAGUAUCUCAAUGAAAACCCAGUGACAGUGCAAUGCCAGCUGCAAGAGGAUUUCGUACAUGAGAGCUGUGAACAAGUUAUAAUAACAAGUAAGGAUUCUGAGGAUCAAAUAGAGGGAGAGGCAAAUGACCAUCUUAAGACUGAUGUGGUUGAUGUGAAAGAAGUUACAAGUUCCUUAUCAGAGACAGCAUUCCAAGAAGUUUACAUCCAAGGAAAUGCACACCAACAACAGCCUAAACCUGAGAAGAAUAUCACAGGCAUGUUGUCAUUGCUCAGUACUGACUUAGAUCAGUAUCUCAAUGAAAACCCAGUGACAGUGCAAUGCCAGCUGCAAGAGGAUUUCGUACAAGAGAGCUGUGAACAAGUUAUAUUAAAAAGUAAUAAUUUUGAGGAUCGCAUAGAGGGAGAAGCAAAUGAACAUCUUCAGACAGAUGUGGUUGAUGCCAAAGAAGUCACACCAAGCUCCUUAUCAGAGACAGCAUUCCAAGAAAUUUGCAUCCAAAGAAAUGCACACCAACAACAGCCUAAACCUGAGAAGAAUAUCACAGGCAUGUUGUCUUUGCUCAGUACUGACUUAGAUCAGUAUCUCAAUGAAAACCCAGUGACAGUGCAAUGCCAGCUGCAAGAGGAUCUCGUACACGAGAGCUGUCAACAAGUUAUACUAACAAGUAAGGAUUCUGAGGACAGGAUAGAUGGGCAAACAAGUGAGGAUCUUCAGACCAAUGUGGUAAACAUCAAAGAACCAACAGCAUGCUUUGUUUCAGAGACCCCACUCGAAGAAUCUUACAUCAAAACAAAUGCACACCAACAACAGCCUGAACCUGAGAAGAAUAUCACAGGCAUGUUGUCAUUGCUCAGUACUGACUUAGAUCAGUAUCUCAAUGAAAACCCAGUGACAGUGCAAUGCCAGCUACAAGAGGAUCUCGUACACGAGAGCUGUGAACAAGUUAUAAUAACAAGUAAGGAUUCUGAGGAUCAAAUAGAGGGAGAGGCAAAUGACCAUCUUCAGACUGAUGUGGUUGAUGUGAAAGAAGUCACACCAAGUCCCUUACCAGAGACAGCAUUCCAAGAAGUUUGCAUCCAAAAAAAUGCACACCAACAACAGCCUGAACCUGAGAAGAAUAUCACAGGCAUGUUGUCAUUGCUCAGUACUGACUUAGAUCAGUAUCUCAAUGAAAACCCAGUGACAGUGCAAUGCCAGCUACAAGAGGAUUUUGUACAAGAGAGCUGUGAACAAGCUAUAUUAAAAAGUAAUAAUUUUGAGGAUCGCAUAGAGGGAGAAGCAAAUGAACAUCUUCAGACAGAUGUGGUUGAUGCCAAAGAAGUCACACCAAGCUCCUUACCAGAGACAGCAUUCCAAGAAGUUUGCAUCCAAAGAAAUGCACACCAACAGCAGCCUAAACCUGAGAAGAAUAUCACAGGCAUGUUGUCAUUGCUCAGUACUGACUUAGAUCAGUAUCUCAAUGAAAACCCAGUGACAGUGCAAUGCCAGCUACAAGAGGAUCUAGUACAUGAGAGCUGUGAACAAGUUAUAUUAACAAGUAAGUAUUCUGAGGACAGGAUAGAUAGGCAAACAAGUGAGGAUCUUCAGACCAAUGUGGUAAACAUCAAAGAACUGACACCAUGCUUUGUUUUGGAGACCCCACUCGAAGAAUCUUACAUCAAAUCAAAUGCACACCAACAACAGCCUAAACCUGAGAAGAAUAUCACAGGCAUGUUGUCAUUGCUCAGUACUGACUUAGAUCAGUAUCUCAAGGAAAAGCCAGUAGCAAUGCAGUUCUAUUCAGAAGACGAUCUAGUCCAUGAGCACUGCAAUGAAGUUGUGUUAACAAGUGAUAAUUUGGAGGAUACAAUGUGUGAAGAGCUAAAUGAAGAGUGCCACAAUGAUGCCGUUGGAGUCACAGCAUUGUCACCAGCUUCAGUUUUUGAGACAACUUUCAAAGAAGUUUGCAUCGAGAAAAAGGCAGAACAGCCUGUAGCUGAAAGGGAUAUGUCAGGAAUGUCGUCAUUGCUCUGUAGUGACUUAGAUCAGCAUUUAAAGGAAAGUCCAGUGGCAACACAAUGCCACCCAGAAGAUGAUGUAUUGCAUGAGAGUUGCAAACAAAUUAUAUUAACAGAAGUCUCUCCUAAAUAUGAGAUGACAUCACCAGAGGAGACUCAUUUUAGCAAUGAAGAUAUCAAUAAUGAGGUUUUGGAAAGUAGCUGGCACACACAUACAUUGGCACAACUACCUAGUAGUUCUGGCACACCGCAACGUCCAGCCUAUUUGGAGAACCUAAACAAUGUGAAUUUUGAUGACCCAACCGAAGAGCCAUGUCAUCAGGAUUCACUGGAGGCCAGUCCUGUCCUCGAGGAUAGAUCUUCAAGAAAGUCACCUGAUUCAAUUGAGCCAAGCCCUACUGGAUACUCCCCAUAUCAAGACUCUCUUGAGGGAAGUCCUACUACAUCAAAGGAACUGGAACUUAAGACACCCACCAAGACAGCUGUGUAUGAGGACUAUGCUUCCCAACUCAAAGCAUGUUUUGCAUAUGACACAAAUAUUUAUAGGCAUGGCAAUGAGCUUGAUGUGGAAGAAAACAGUGUCAUGAAUAAUAUCCAAAUGGAAAGUGAGAUUGAUGACCAGUGUUCCAACUCGGCAACAGAAGUAACUGAUGGCAACAUUUCGGAUCCCAAAACGUGUGAAAGCGUGAACCUUCAUAUGCCCAUAAGGGAAGACUCUCUUGACUCAGCGGAUGAUAAUGAUACCACUAAUAAACAGUUCACCCCAGAGGAGGAGAUGUUUAAAAUGGCUGCAAAGAUCAAAACAUUUGAGGAGAUGGAACAAGUGAAUAAAAUGAAGAAAGAUACCAUUUUAGAGACAGGUGAUCACAAAGAAAAUGAGCUAAAUCUCAACUUUGGCCCAGUUGUGCAGUCGUCGUUACAAGAAACAUCUAAUAAUUUUGUGACAGGAAACAAUGAAACGUUUGGCGAAUCGACAGAUAUGAAUUCAAGAAUUGUGGAGAAGGUAGAAAAUCAGACUCAAAUGAAAACUGUUCAGUCAGCUGAUGGCCCAUUGUGCAUGAAUGAAACUCAGAUAGAGGAACCCCAUCCAGAAAGUGAGGGGUGCAUGUCAUUGUUGACAGAAAAAGCUCAAAUACACAGUAACAAAGAUGCCAAAGAAAGCGUCAGUUCCUCAGUCAGUGACAUGGAUUAUUCCAGCUGUGUGACAGAUGAGCACCAUCCAGGUGAUGAUGAAGUUGAAUUGCCACUGACAGGUGGUUCAGAUUCUGUUGACAUGCCUAGGCCUAUGAUGUGUACUAAACAACUAGAUAAUGUCACCCCAGGGUGUGAGGGUGACAAUGAUUUUGCCUUCAAUGCACUGGUUGGUUCUGAGAAAGAGACUGACAAGUGCCCAGAGGCGAACAGCAGAACAAUUUAUAAAACAGCUGUUCGAACUCCAGGUGAUGAGAAAACCCCUGAUCCAUUUCAAUACCAAGAAGGAAAGCUAUUCGAAAUGACCAGAGGUGGUGCUAUUGAUAUGACAAGAGGAAGUUGUGAUGAAGAAGUAGAAGAAUAUGCACUUUUUCAUGGAGCAGAAUAUUCAGUUGAUGAUGUUGUUGCAAAAGAGACUGGAGAGGAACUGUCAGUCUCAAAGUCUGUAACUUUAGAAAGUAGUGAUUCUGUUACAAGCAUAACCCUUCAAGAGACCCACAAACCAUCCAUGACUCAGAGUGCUGAUGACCAAAGUCCUACUCCCAAACCAAGAACUCUCAUCAAACCCAUAGGUGUCAAGCCAGAGGAUAAAAAGCCACUUUCUGAAGCUGAUCUUGGCAGCUCCACUGAAGUGCACCUCGGUUCCCCCAUUGUUUUGGAGAAACUAACCAAUGUUCAACAUGAGACUGGAAGCUUUAAAAGCCUUGAUCUAGACUCUACUGUAGCUGAGCUUCAAUCAGAUACAUCCUCAAUUGUCAAUUCUGCAUAUUCUGAACAGGGCCACGAUUCCACAGACUCCUCCAAUGAUGACGAUGAUGAUGAUGGGGAGGAGGACGAUGAAGAUGACCAGUGCUCAGUCAUAGAGAUGUCUCUUUCAGUUGCGCAGGCUGGCAUCCCAGCAUAUGAUCAGGACUCGCAAUUAUCUGAGCUUAAUCAGGUUCAAAGAAAAUCAGAUAAAAGCUCAACUUUGCACCGUAGGUCUAGAUCUGAGGCUGACAGUGACAGAGGGAAAGCUUCCAAUACAGAGAGUAGAAGUUAUUCUGAGAGUAAUCAAUUCUCUUGUGAAUCAAACAAAUCCUCUAAACCUCCUGUCAUGUCUACUCUGCAAAGGAAAGAAAGCAAAGUCUCUAACACUACAGAAACAUCAGUUAGAUCUUCUGUGGAUACCGACGAUAUAAGCAGUGCGAGUCACAGGAGUCCAGAUUCUGUUAUCUUCACGUAUGACAGCCAAGCCUCACAUAGUUCACAUUCUGAUGGCAAUCAGUUGCCAAUUGUGCAACCCUCUUCUGGAACAGAGGAUGUAUUUGAAUCAAGGCCUGCCUGGGAAGACACGGUGGGAACUCAGAUGCAGAGAGUCAACGAUGAUGAAACUCCAGAAUGUAUGUCAGUUGAUUGGCAGGAUGAUGCUGACAGGAAGGAAGAGACAUUAGCUAUCAUUGCAGAUCUUCUUGGUUUCAGCUGGACUGAACUAGCAAGAGAACUGGAAUUCAGUGAAGAUGAUAUCCAUUUAGUGAGAACAGAGAAUCCUAAUUCCCUUCAAGAUCAGAGUCAUGCAUUGCUGCAGCGCUGGGUUGAGCGGGAAGGCAAACAUGCCACAGAGGAUUGUCUGAUUAAAAGGCUAACCAAGAUCAAUCGCAUGGACAUAGUACACCUCAUUGAAACCCAGAUGAACAAGUCCAUUCAAGAGCAAACAUCUAGAACUUAUGCAGAAAUAGAGAAGACACUGGAUCAUAGUGAAGUACAAGAGGAUGUAGAUAGCCCCAGAGUUGUGAGAAGGGUGGAGUCGGAUCGCAGACCACCCCCAGCUGUUUCUGAAGAGGACCUCUCAGUUGCCUCUCUUCUGGACAUUCCGUCCUGGGCAGAGCCUGCUGGACAUGUACAUUCAGAGAGCAUGCAUGGUGAUCUGUUAGAGGAGCUAGAAAUCCCACAGUAA